AUGCACUUCAACCCCUUCUCAACCUUCUGUGCGAAGAGCCUGGCGAUUGAGCUCUUGGACCAAGACGCUCUUGCGGCGGUUGUGCUGGAAAUGUUCGAUGAGAGGUGGCAGCGAAUGCAAACGCUGCACCCCAGCGGCUCCUUCCAGAGAACUUUGCUGGACAACGAGAUGCAGGCUGUGGCAGAGACAGCUGGGGAAGGUCCUGUUCCGGUCUUGUUCGCCGACCUAUCUGACGAAGAGCUGGAUGUGGUUCUUCAACAAGUUUCAGCAACAACACUUCAGGACAUGCGAAGCCUCAGCGGCUGGUCAAACAUUGUUUCCGAUGUAGCAGACUGCUUUUCUACGCUUGCUUCAGGCGGAAGGAAUGCAAGCAGCUGUAGAAAUUCUAGCAGCGAGCUCGACGGGUCAGAUGCAUCUUCAGUCUCAUUUGUUGUGGCCUUAUUUCUACUUCUCGUAUCCACUCCCAUUGCGAUUUUCCGCAACAUUCUGGUCCUGGCUAUGGAAGCUCCAUUUUGUGCACGUUACGGUGGACAGCAGAUCCUGGCCAAGGGCGAGCAUGGCGAGCCAGCACUGCACCGCAUUCAGGGCAUGUGGGGUCGACUUGCCCCACAGACAACCCUCAUGGAUGAGGUCAUCCUUGCCAACUUGCAGGCACUUCCAAAGGCGACAUCUUCUUCGCUUGGACUGCGUGUGGCAACAGCCUUUCAGCGUUUGCUUUCAGCGUACGGAGUUCAUGCCGGUCCCAUCCGGGUGCUGAAGGUCAAUUCGUUCAAGGAUGGACAGCGAGAUCUUCUGUGCGACAUAGACAUUCCGUUCUCUUCGUCACCUUGUGGCGUUGCCAGACUUCUGGAGAGGGCUCUGUUCAGUGAAGAGGCACAGAGGCCAGAAGCGACAAGCCUUCUGCAUGUACUUCGUGCUGUCAGUGCCCAAAUCAGUACGCUGAAAGUUGAGAUCAGGCCUUCCAAAGAGAGGCUCGUGAAUAGUCUGCGCAUGGCAAUCCCCAAGACGAUCAUCUUGCCCAGAAGGGUGGACUCCAUGAUCCAGGCAUCGCUGAAAUUCUUCCGGGUCUACAGGCCCGUUCUGGACACACUGCACAAAGAGGAGUCACAGGAGCUUGAAAGCUUGCUGACAAGGCCAAGCUUAUGCCUCCGUGGUGGGCACCUGGUUGCUCAAGAGCCUCAGAUGUUGAAAGACACUUGCUGGCAUGGGGUCCGUGAGCUUUCCGGCCUGCUCGCCAUCAGUCAGGCAGCGCACCUGCAACUGAAGGAGCUGUUGGCUCCAGGCAGCUCCUGGGCGAAGACGGUGGUUGGGGAUGUGCCCUCGAAGCAUCCAAGCCGAGCCUGGCAAUCAGGGCCAGAGUCUCUCCUGCCUGAUGCACUGCACCUUGACCCAGGCGUGAAACGACGUGAGAAGCUUGUCGAAGAGGUGCUGUCCUCGCAGAGGGCCUACGAGCUGCAGGAUACAGCCGCCCACGAUCUUUUGGCUUCACGCUUGCACGUACACUUCGAGACCUUGGCAGACCUGUGCACUGGCCUGGCCCGUGCGGAGCGCUCCCUGGACAUCGUUUGGCUUCGCAACAGGUUCCGGGAUCCAGAUUGCUUUGGGUAUCCAUGUGUGCAGAGCCUUGCCACAUUAUGCUGGGAGUACGGCAGCGUGUUCAAGAUCCACGACACCUGUCCAGGGAGUGCACUUGGGAUCACAUCAGCAAGAUCACCUUUCAUAACAAGCGCUUGUUUGAGGCCAAGACAGGAGAGGAAGUUGCCGAACUUUGUGAGGAGCUCCACAAGGCGUUUCUUGCUUGCGGCAUCCGCAGCAAUCUUGACACGGCUGAGGCUGCUCUUGCAGACGUUCUGGAUUGCACGCGACAACGGCUGCGAUGGAGCUUUGACGCAGAGCUUGAGCGGGUGA